AUGUUUGAGACACAGCAGAAAUGGGAGAAGUUCAACCAUGAGUGGAACUCUUUAGUGUAUUCAUCUUUUGAAAUUCAAUACGAUGAGCGCCUUAAAUCAUUACUUAAGGAAUUCAGUAGUUAUCCUGAUGCAGUCAAAUACGCCAUGGAUACUUGGUUGGUUCCUUACAAGGAGAAAUUUAUGGCGGCAUGGACAGACAUGUGUAUGCAUUGUGGCAAUGUUACAACGAACCGGGCUGAGAGUGCACAUGCAAAACUUAAAAGACAAUUGGGUUCAUGUCAAGUCUCAUUUCAGGCAUCAUUUGAGAAAAUACACAGUCUGCUUGAGUUGCAACACAUUGAUAUCAAGGCUUCAUUUGAGAAAAGUCUAACUGUUGUGCAACAUCAAUUUAAACCUUCUCAGUUCAGGGAGCUACGGGUUAAUGUGUCUAUCUCUACAUUGGAGUAUUUGCUUGUAGAGAGUAAGAGAGCCAAUUCCAUUAGUAUUGAUGUUAAAGCUUGUGGAUGCAUCCUUCGCCACACUCGUGGUUUACCUUGUGCCCAUGAGAUUGCUGACUACAUCAGACAAGAUCAUCCUAUACCACUUGCUACCAUACACUCACAGUGGAGGCAACUUCAUAUCUCCAUAUGCAAGAAAGAAGAGGAAACGGAGGUGAGUUGUCAUGCAGAAGUAGAGUUGUUUGUGCACAAGUUUAAUGAAAGUGAUAGAACCAUGCGGUUGGAGCUUUUAAAGAAGUUGAAAGAGAUUGUAUAUCCGGGAAGCACUUUUCUUGUUGAGCCGGAGGUGAAGUCCAAAACACGUCCUCGGGAUCAUAAGAAGAUCAAUGUUUCUACCCGUUGUGACCCGUGUACAUUUGAGUUGGGAAAGGAGAAGGUGAAUGCGAAAGGGAAGGUAUAUAUUACUAGAACAGUGAAACCUGGUGCAUAUGCUGAUGCUUUCCUUUCUGGGUUGAAACCAUACAUUAAGUUUGUCAAGGAUGUAGCUGCAGAUGAGAAUUGUGGUUUCAGGGCUAUAGCUGCUUCAAUUGGUCAUACAGAAGAUGAUUGGGCUCAGGUUAGGCGUGAUCUAUUGGAUGAGCUGCACACACACAAAGAGGAAUACAUUACACUUUACAGGUCCUAUGAAAGGUUUGAAGAAUUGACAAGCAUAUUGUCAGACUUUGAAGACAGUCUUGGCUAUACACAUUGGAUGACUAUACCAGACAUGGGGCAUCUUGUUGCAUCGUGCUACAAUCUUGUGUUAUACCACUUGUCUUUACAGCAAUGUCUCACCUUUUUACCUCUUAGAACAGUACCAGUACCUCAACUUGAUAGACGUGAGAUUGCCAUUGCGUUUGUCAACGAAAAUCAUUUCGUCCAGGUUUUGUUGCAACCAGACCAUCCAGUUCCUCCUAUAGCCACUGAUUGGUGA